AGAAUUUAAUGUCUUUUACUUGAGCAUACAACGGAAUUUAUGGUAUAUCAAUAAAAAAAAAUCCCCUACGAAAACUCCUAUGACUAUCUCCUAUUCGGCCGAGGUACCAAAUGGCAGUAAUUUCGGCUGCUUUUGGCGUAUUCUUUGGAAGUGGCGGGGCAGUGUAUACAAAGCCGUUUGGCGUGAACUGGUGGCAUAUUUGGGAGUCUAUUUUACCCUUAAUCUGACCUACAGAUUUUAUCUGGAUGACGAAGGAAGGAGAGUUUUCGAAAAGAUCAAGUACUACUGCGGACAACAGAAGGAAAGCGUAACACUGUCCCUGGUUCUUGGAUUCUAUGUACGUUUGGUGGUCAAGCGAUGGUGGGAACAGUACCGUUUGCUACCUUGGCCAGAUACUUUGGCUCUGUUUGUCAGUGCAGCUAUCCAGGGGCAUGAUGAAACCGGUCGAUUGAUGCGUCGAAACAUUAUGCGCUACAUGGUCCUUUCGUACGUGAUUACAUUGCAAAAGAUUUCGCUGCGGGUGAAGCGUCGAUUCCCAACCUGGCAGCAUCUGGUCGAUGCAGGUCUGAUGUUGGAAAGUGAACGCAAGAUUUUCGACAAGAUGGAUGCCAAAAGCCCGAUGUCCAAGUAUUGGAUGCCUCUGGUGUGGGCGACAAAUAUCAUCAAUCGUGCUCGAAAAGAUGAGUUGAUUCCCUCAGAUCAUAUUGUACAGACCCUGCUAAUGGAACUGUCGGAUAUCCGUCGAAGGUUAGGAGGGCUUAUCGGCUACGACACGGUGUGCGUACCCUUGGUCUACACACAGGUUGUCACACUGGUCUUGUAUACAUAUUUCACGGCCGUCAUCAUGAGAAGUCAAAUGAUUCCAACGGAUGAUCCUUUAAGUGAAGAAAUUGACCUGUAUUUUCCAGUAUUUACCGUGCUUCAAUUCGUAUUUUACGUAGGGUGGUUGAAGGUUGCCGAGGUGCUGAUCAAUCCUUUCGGGGAAGACGACGAUGACAUUGAGCUCAACUGGUUAAUCGAUCGUCACAUUAAGGCGUCGUACAUGAUCGUUGAUGAAAUGCAUGACGAACAUCCGGAGCUGUUAAAAGAUCAGUACUGGGAAGAGGUAGUUCCUUCGGAGCUUCCUUACACGGUAGCUUCCGAGUUCUAUCGAAGAGAGGAACCAAAAGGUUCAGCCGAAAAUUAUCUAGUGAAGGAGUCAGAAGCCGUUUACGCCAACGUUGAAGAGGAGAAAUCCCAUCCCAACGAUGAUACGUUCACCGAUUAUGAGAGCGUUAAUACCUUCACAAUGGAAAGGCCGAAAGGUUGGUUCAGCAGGCAAAUUUCGCGAAUUUCAAUGCAGAGCACUACGGGGGAUAAACAUAACCGUGGUCAGCAAAACUGGCCAAUUUCUAAUCCCGAUGUAGGUCUUUCCAUGAACAAUUUUUCCACUGGGACCACUCCAUCAAGAGUUAGCAUACUGGAUAAAUUUGUCUAUCGUAGACAGAAUUCGAAAUUAAACCUUCACAGUUUGGUGAUUACCCAUGGGACACAAAAGAGUCGUUCUCGUAUAUCAACACCAGACAUUGCAAAGGACAGUAGGAAAUACCCGUUGACUAGUAUUCCUUUGAAUACUUCACAGCCCGACAGGAUGCCGAACAUUGCUUCUGGAGUCGCACUAAUGACUUCUCAGCUAGCAAGCAAUCCAUUCAUUUUCCCAAUAACCACGAUGCCGGAAAGUGGACUAGGUCACGGUGAUGUGCCAGUUGUUGGAACGCUGCUACUUGCUCCUAUCGAAGAACUUAAAGUCAACUCAGCCGUUCCCAACAAUCCAGCCCUUGAGCCAUCGACUACAGUUAUUCGUACCAACGUUAAGCCAAUUUUACCGAUCAAUAACGUUACAGAAAUCAACUAUGCAAACGAUGGUCCUUCUUCUGGUCUAGAAGUAAAAGAAAAUUCGUCUUCAGUGCAACCGAUGAGCAACGUAGACGCCAGUACAAUUAUUGUUGUUCCGAUAAAAUCUAAUGUGGCCAGUAGGAUAACUGGAUCAGAUGGCAACCUUACGGACGUUAUCCCUUCUAACAAUUCUUCGAAUACACGUUCCUCAAACAGGGGCAGUUCCGCUGAAAACAUCCAUAUACAAAAUGUCAAUGCACCAAACAGGAUAAACCGUAUCUAUCGAUUUGAACAACCGUCAACCGCUAGAUCAAACCAGGGACAACAGGACUCCGAACAAAAUGAAGUUUACGUUUAA